CACCUCUGUAAGCCACUAUUUAAAGCUCCGAGGUUUCCCAGCUAGAAAUUUCACAAGUGUUAUUUAUGCUAUAAAAUUAUAUCUUAUCGUAGCACUCCUUGUCUGCUUCUACUUCUUGUUAAAUCCAGGGAGGGCUAUGUCCCAAAAGGCUCUUUUACUUCGAAAGGUGGGCACGCCACUGGCUCUGGGUGAUCGCCCGAUUCCUCAACCCGGUCAGAAUCGGUUGUUGGUCAAGGUUCUCGUCGCUGGGCUCAACCCCCAUGAUCAGAGAACUCGCGACGCCGGCCUCUUCGUCACGAGCCUGCCUUAUGUUCUUGCUAGCGAUCUAGUCGGUGAAGUCGUGACCGUAGGCAGAGGGGAGCAUUCUACGAAAUUUGUCGUUGGCGAUCAUGUCUUUGGGCAUACAUUCGUCAAGGAUGGUGAUGCCAAUGACUUUAAUGGUCUUCAGCAAUACGCUCUUGCGGACGCGCGAUUCGUUGCCAAAGUGGCGGAUACCGGUUUGGCCGAUGAUGAGGCAUCAACAAUACCAGUCAUCGUGUUGGCUGGGUUCAUUGCUCUCUUCUCCAGCUCUGGUCUUGGCCUUCCUCCGCCGUUCUCGCCGGCGGCAGGCUCCUUCGACUUCGCGGCCACCACUCUUCUAGUUGUCGGAGGCGGCUCUAACACUGGAAGGGCUACAAUUGAACUGGCAAGGUUGGCAGGAAUUGGACGAGUUAUUGCAGUUGCCGGGCUUCACAAUGAGGCCGAGCUCAAAGCCCGGGGGGCUUCCCAUGUGAUAGACCGGCACACCGCCGAUGCGUUGGAACAAGUCCGCGCUAUCACUGGAGAUGACCUGAUCUAUGCGAUUGACACGGUGAAUACUGGUCAGGAACAGGAGCUUGGCGUUGCUGCACUUUCAAACUCGAAGCGAGGUACACUCAUCACGCUCCGUCGAGCUGACGGAGAAUUUGAUCCUGACCGCAUUGGCACGAAGACGGCAGGUUACGAGCGUAGGCUGGUGAUGGGCAUCUCACCAGUACAUCCGGAAGUAACGGUGGGCUUUUGGAGAGAGGUCCCUGCGUGGCUUAAAGAUGGGAAGAUUAAGCCAAGCAAUUACAAGGUUGUGAAAGGUUUGGACGCAGAUGCCAUAAACGAGGCUCUGGAUAGUUACCGGGACGGGAAGGUAGAAAAGACCAAUGUCCACCCAUGGGAGUAAGGAGUUUGCAUGUAGUAAGGCACAAGUUCUCAUAUUCCCACAUCGAGUAUGACGUGAAUCUGCAGAUCCUUGAAGCGG